AUGGGUGGGGCUGGAGACACGUGCUCUCAGCCGCACACACGGGAAUCGUUUAUUUGUGGCCGGAAUUCUUUCGUAGGAAUUCCGAAACCUAUCAAAGAAACUCAUAGGAAUGACGCACUAAUUAUAGGAAUAAAAAUAACUCAGGCAAACCAAUUAUUAGCCAUGGGUAGGGCUGGAGACACGUGUUCCCAGCCCCACCCACUUGAAUCGUUUAUUUGCGGCCGGAAUUCUUUCGUAGGAAUUCCGAAACCUAUCAUAGAAACUCAUAGGAAUGACGCACUAAUUAUAGGAAUAAAAAUAAUUCAGGGAAACCAAUUAUUGGCCAUGGGUGGGGCUGGAGACACGUGUUCCCAGCCCCACCCACGGGAAUCGUUUAUUUUCGGCCGUAAUUCUUUCGUAGGAAUUCCGAAACCUAUCAUAGGACCUCAUAGGAAUGUUGCACUAAUUAUAGGAAUAAAAAAAAUUCAGGGAAACCAAUUAUUAGCCAUGGGUGGGGCUGGAGACACGUGUUCCCAGCCGCACCCACGGGAAUCGUUUAUUUGCGGCCGAAAUUCUUUCGUAGGAAUUCCGAAACCUAUCAUAGGAACUCAUAGGAAUGUACGAACUAAUUAUAGGAAUAAAAAAAUUCAGGGAAACCAAUUAUUAGCCAUGGGUGGGGCUGGAGACACGUGUUCCCAGUCCCACCCACGGGAAUCGUUUAUUUGCGGCCGGAAUUCUUUCGUAGGAAUUCCGAAACCUAUAUAG